GUUGCCCCGCAGAUUUUCAACUGGAUAAAUAAAUGGGUGGGGUUCUAGAAAGGGGGUGUGUUACACUUUCAGCAAGGGUUUAAAUUUCCACAGACAUGCGCACUCGGUUCGACAUUCCCUGUGUGCGCCAUAUUGGAAUGCUCUGGAAACAACAGUUCGCACAUCGGCUUGUUUAGAGGCGUCAUUUCGAUUUAUUGAGUCCUUCCUGACAUUUUUUUACUUCUACUUGGCAUCUCGCACACUCGCGUAAGUCGUUUAACCCUCGGGGCGCCUGUCCGCCCUCAGGCGUGCGUGUGUGAGAGAGAUUUGUGAAGGUAAAGUUGGAUGGAUCCACGGGUCACUUGGAGUCAACCCGAACUAAAAGGACCUGCCAACGCUUUAUGGAUGCGCGUGUGGGAAACCUCGCAACGGAUAAAUCACUGUCAUCAGCUGCGGGUGAACACACCUGCUUUGCCGGUCGGAUUCAUGAAACGGCUAACGCUGAUUCCCACCAGCACGCCUGGCAAAGCGGUUAGCGAUCACACGAACAAGCGUAUUAACGACGUUGAACCCGUGAGAUUCCCAAACCCGUGUUCGGAUCCCCCAGCACCGUUUGUUACCCCCGCCGGACUCGAUGGUUGUGACUCUCUAUCGCCUUUAUCUUCAGGGGAUUCGGAAACUGACAGCCCGAAAUCGGACUCUUCAUCUGGCAACAGUGACAGUAUGAACACUCCAGCCAAACCUCAUUUUAACUUCACCGAACACAUGCACAAUGUCAAUAACUCUUUACAACAGCAGCGUUUUCAGCGGCAACAGACGCACACAGUAACGGAUAACCAGCUUAAAUACCAUCCAGGGCGAAAGAGAAAUGACAAUAAAGCGAGCACAUACGGAACGAACUAUUUUCUGUCCCACGCUGGUGGCAAUUAUUUAUGUGGGACCCCCUGGGCAAGCAGACGAUACAGCCCAGGCAUUAAUGGCCUCCAUGAGGAGAUUGUGGAUUUUUAUCAUUUUAUGUCUCCACGUCCUGAAGAGGAGGCGAUGAGGAGAGAUGUUGUCAAUCGUGUUGAGGCUGUUGUCAAAGAUCUGUGGCCUGCGGCAAAGGUUCAGAUAUUUGGCAGCUUCAGUACUGGUCUUUAUCUUCCUACCAGCGAUAUUGACUUGGUGGUGUUUGGGAAAUGGGAGCAUCCACCUCUACAGCAGCUUGAACAGGCCCUCAGACAGAAGAAUGUGGCUGAGCCCUUCUCCAUUAAACUUCUUGACAAAGCUACGGUACCAAUUAUUAAACUGACGGACAGAGUGACUGAUGUGAAGGUAGACAUCAGUUUUAAUGUUGAAACUGGAGUCAAAGCAGCUCGCUUCAUUAAGGAUCAUCUUAAGAAAUAUUCCGUGCUGCCUUACCUGAUCUUCGUCCUGAAGCAGUUCUUGCUCCAGAGAGAUCUGAAUGAGGUGUUUACAGGAGGUAUAAGCUCCUACAGCCUCAUUUUAAUGGCCAUCAGCUUCCUGCAGCUCCAUCCCAGAAUAGACUGCAGAGCUUCUAAUAUUAAUUUAGGCAUAUUGCUCAUCGAGUUCUUCGAGUUGUACGGGCGGCAUUUUAAUUAUCUAAAAAUGGGCAUUCGUGUGAAGGACGGUGGGGCGGUCUUGGCUAAAGAGGAGAUCAUGAAGGCUCUAAAUAACGGACACAGACCCUCGAUGCUGUGCAUUGAGGACCCAAACUUACCUGGAAAUGAUGUUGGACGGAGCUCAUACGGUGCCAUGCAGGUGAAGGAAGUCUUUAACUAUGCAUACCUCAUCUUAAGUCAUGCUGUGUUGCCUUUGUCCCGCUCCUACCCUAACAGAAACAUGGAGAGCACAUUAGGACGUAUCAUUAAAGUGACACAAGAAGUGAUUACCUUCAGGGAGUGGAUCAUUCAACAGUGGGGGAAAAGGCACAAUAUUCGGGGAGGCCUUAAAGCCAAGGAUGUUGGAGGUGAUUCAGAAGAGCAGACCUCAAGUGAGGAGCAUCAAAGAGAUUCAUCACCACACAGUGCAGGCUCACCUGUGUCUCUGACCAGCCUUCAACAGCACUCCUCAUCCUCUUCAUCUUCCUCCGUUUCCUCGCUGUCUGGAAGUGACAUUGAUUCUGACACACCGAGCAGAGCUUCAGUUCUUCAUGAGAUCUUCCCCGUGUCCUGUGUAAUCGACACAAACCACAAAGCCUACAGGAAAGUAAACUCUCCUGGAACAUUCUUGCCAUGCAAAAGUCAGUUGCACCCAUUACCAGGCAAACAAUAUAUGGACGGGUCAGCUCAUUUGAAUGGAGUUGUACACGUGUCUUCACCUGUCUAUUCCAGCUCUAUAUCCAGCCCCAGUCACCACACUAAAUUUCUGAACGGACAAAGGUUUGUCGUAAAAGGGCCUCCCCACGUCAAUGGUUUCGAGCGGAACACUGGGCCCGGCACCAGAGGACAUCACCCGCAGUACAGUCGUAGCAGCUGGCGUCGGAGGAGGAGGGACACUGUUCCGAUGAGCCUUAGCUGACAGUGCCGCAAGGUUUUUCCCUUCUGAAAGAAAGCAAGUGGCCCACGUUCUUUGGGUUCCAUGGGUCAAAGGUUAGCACUUCAUAUCGCAGUGGCUUCUGCUUAACACAUCAGAAGACAAAACCUCUGCUCUUCAGUGCAAAUUGUUUCGUCCAGUGAAUGUACCCGUUUUUGUUUGACACGUCCACCGUUGUUUUGCCUUCAAAGUUCUAUUUGAUUAUUUCCUUUUUGCUCUUAUUGGUUUGCUGUUGCUUUUCAUAUUUUAUUUUUUUUUUUUUAAGUCUGGUCGGUAACAGCUAUAGGCUGUACUCAGUUUGUACUGUAUAUUUUUGUGCAAUAUAGUUUUUAUUGUUUGAUUUUAGUUUAAUUUUAAGUUAUUUUUAAAAUUGAAUGUAAAUUGAUGUUGCACUAUAGAUCACUUUCAGUGUGCAAAGUUUUUAUCAUGUUCAAUUCCAUGUCGCAACCAGUUCUAUUGGUGGGAUUGUGGUUUUGCGCAUGCUAAGAUCUCCUGUGUAUCACUUGCCCAUCUGAUGGUCUUUGGAAACCUGCGCUUCAGUUUACGUGCCAUGAGAUGGGUUUAGUGCUUGAUCAUUUAUGUACCAAUUUCCUCCUUCAGAUAUGUGUGAUGACAUAUGUCCACUGUUUAAGUGUUGUGUGUAUUUUAUUUAAAGCUUUUUUUUUAAAGCAGAUUUAUUUAAAUCUGCGGUUUGCUAGUCUUUGCAUCCGUUUACACAUCUUUUGCUAUAGGGCAUGCAUUUACGGCAAUGUGCACAUUAACCUGUUCCAUCUAUAUAUGUGUUCCUACUGUUAAUGAAUCCAUUUUCGUGGACUCUUGAUUUUGUAAUGCACCACUAGAUGGAGAUAUUGGUCUAUGCCUUUAAAGCUCAUCACCCUAUACAAAACAUUUCACAAAGAACAAAUUUCCACUUUUAACUAAAGAUCACUACUUCUAUUCUUGCAUAAAAACUUAGAUCAUUGUGUUCCCGAGGCCUUUGUGAGCCUAAAACCGACCUAUGUGUAAUGUAGCUUGGGUAACGCUGGGGGUCUGGUCAACGACGGCACAUUCAUUUCAUGUGUUCAGAGAAGAGUGACGUGCCAAUGCAGUUUUAUCCUUAACUGUCAAAUGCUAAAGGAUCUUCAUGGGCUAAACAGUCUUCUCACCUGCAUACAGGUGUCCUUUGAAUGUAAUGUAUGAUGUCUUAAAUUUAAGACUUUCUUUUCAAUAUACAUUUUUUAUGUAUGUUUUGUACACAAAUUAUUUUUAAAAAUAAACAUCUUAAACUGC